CAUCAAAAGGUGAGUAACUUAAUAAUAAUGGGCACUAUUGGUUGGAUUAUUUCAACAUAUUUUAAUUCAUUUGUAGCAAAACUCCAACUUCUCGAGGAUGACAUUGAAUUGCCACGACGGAUUCAAGAGAGAUCACAUCAGCCGACUCUCUUUUUCUACAGGAACGAUGAUGGAUGCCUGCAGGCUGAGCUUUUGGAAAACGGAACAGACACUAAAACAGUUCAUGAGAUCGUCCACAUUCCCCUUGUCAACACGGAUGGAGAAGAAGAGGCCAGCGUCAUUGGGAGAUCAUCAGAGGAUCCGUUGCGUACCGGAAUUAACAGAGCAGGAAAGGUGGAGAAAUCUGCCAUGGAUGAGGGAAACGUAUGCUCAGCAAGGCGAGUCCUGAAAUAUGGAGUACAAUACUCGCCCAACGACGCCCGCAGCACAAACGUCGCUACAAAUGAAGAUGACAUUGCUGACCUGUUGAAACGAUUCACUAGGAUCUUCCUUAAUGCAAUUUCGUCUUACAAACCAUCGGAAUGCCUGGAGAAGCUGGCAAAUUUUGAAGAAGUUUUGCGAGACCAUCUGAUGCAGCAAAAGAAAUUUUUCCCUCCUUCAACUGUGAAAUACAUGGAAUCUUGGGGAGAUGGCCCAAUGAUCGGUGAUUGGAACUUGUUGGCUCUCGAGCUGCAGCUCCCCCACCCAAACCCUGCACACUAUAUCUCGGUCCCGAUGUCGACCUUCCAAAACCUGAUGGAAAUUCUCAUUUACGAUGAGAACGCCAAUCAAUUGGUGGAUGAGUUGGAUUUGUGUGCGGAGUCGGCUAAAGCUUUGUUAGCGAAAGCUCAACUUCAAGCUCGUCCAGCUGUCAACCCUUUCUGGUUCUCAAAGGAGAAGAUGAUGAAGAAGGGAAAGGUCGCCAAAGCCGUCGAGUUGGUCAAAGUAGGCCACUCAGAACUUGAUGCUGCAGCACAGAUGGGAAUUCCCAGGAGGACUGUAGAAUUGGAGAUGAAGAAGGAUGGAGUCAAGUCCAAAUUUCGACCAGGGCGUCAACCAUCCACUCGCUACACAUCGACACAAAUGACUGCAGCCGUGGAGUUAGUGCGAGAAGGGAAGACAUAUGACGAGGCUCGUUCACCUUUCAAAAUUCCCAAACAAAGUCUGCAGGAUGCAUGUAAGCGUUUAGGAGUAAAGUCAGCCAGGGCCUACAAGAAGAAUCGCCUGUAAAUUUGUUUAUUUUUAUACUAUAUAAACCUACCCCAUUACUGCAAAAGUAAAAAAUUCCAAUUAUAUGUAGGACUAUAUCUAAAUACAUGUAUAUUUAGUUUUUCUUUUCGAGGAAA